CGAUAAUUCGCAAACAGCUGUUGCAUAUAGGUUAUGAUCGUGUUUAUAAAAUGAAUGCACAUUUUCGAAUACCUUUAUGACCUGCCGUAACCGUGUCGCGUAGUGAAACAAUUUAAUAGCGGUCCCUUGAAAAACACAAGUUCGCGAAAAUGUCAUCGGGUAGAAAGUGCAAAAACUGCGGGUCCUCUGACAUCGAGGUGGACCCAGCCAGAGGUGAUGCAGUCUGCACGAAUUGCGGUUCCGUUUUGGAGGACAACAUUAUCGUCGCGGAAGUGCAGUUUGAAGAGGGAAACCAUGGUACAUCGAGCGCCAUCGGGCAAUUUGUGGCUGCCGAUUCAAAAGGGGGUGCCACAAAGUUCGGAGCAUCUUUUCACGUUGGUGGCGGUAUUGAAUCGAGAGAAAUAACCCUUAGAAAGGCCCGAAAUGGUAUAACCACCCUGUGCAGUCAAUUGAGGUUAAAUCAGCAUUGCAUCGACACAGCUUGCAGCUUUUUUAAGAUGGCUUUAUCGAGAAAUUUGACGAGAGGAAGGAAAAAUAGCCACGUACACGCCGCUUGUGUUUAUUUGACAUGCAGAACCGAAGGGACUGCACUUAAUAUAAAGUGUAAAAUGAGUAAAAGAAGUAGAGAGUUCGAGUGCGUAAAUAACCCGGAAAAUCUGGGCGACGUAAGUGAUGAGCACGGAGAACGUUUUCACCAGCAAAUGAAUGCUAUGGAACGGCGGUAUCACGGCUUCUGGGAUGCAGCCAUGAUGGGUGAUUACAUUUGGUCCCUCAUACGAGAAACGGAAUACGAAAGCAGCAAAAAACAAAGAAGGAGCCAGAAUUUUUUUAAACCUAUGCUUAAUAAAACAAAAUAA